UUGGCGAGUGAGUCAGACGUUGUGCGCAAGUGCGGAAAGAGUUGGCCGUGGGCAUUCGAAAGCGACUUGGCGGCUGGCGUUCGAGAAGCGCCGGCGAAGAGAGGCGGAUAUAUAAACUCUGCACCUUUCCAAAAUGGAGAAACCUUCGGUCAGUUUGUGGGUGAAGAUGGAGCCUUUCAUAGUGGGAGCAUUGCAAAUCCCUCCUCCUUCCAAGUUUAGCAUGCAUUAUCUUCGGAAAAUGUCAACCUAUGUCAGAAUGCGCUCUGGCCAAGGCUAUUAUCCAUACCUUACCUGGUCUAUGUGGCGACACAUUGCUUGUGGAAAACUGCAACUAGAGAAAGAGCUGGCAUGGCUUUACUUUGAGUCGUUUGACAGUCUUGUUGAGAAGACUUCAGAGGAGCGACUAGAAUGGGCUGAAGUGAUAUCUGGCUGCGCAACUGAGGAAGAGACAGAGAAGGAAAGGAAUCGGUUAUUCGUGGAUACUCUUCAGUUCCUGCUAUUCCUUUAUAUUCAGCAAUUAAACAAGGUUUCUUUGAGGACAUCCUUCCUUGGAGAUGAGUGGCCAAAUCCUAAAUCUCACAGUGGGCUAAAAGAAUCUACCAAUCAGAUUAAGAAUUGGAAUGACAACUACCACCAUGACUUUGUUGAAAACCAUCUCCAAGAUCUUCUGGAAUUGUUACUGGACCCAGAUCAGCUUAGUGCCUCCUCUCAUUCUAUGCACAACAGCCUGCUAUCCCCCAAAGCUGUUCAAGCUCUUAGUUUCCUUAUUGAAGGAAGUGUGGAUCAAAAUAGGACUGUCCACCCUCUUCAUGAACUUGCACUUUGGCAGCCAUUGCAUGCCAAGAGUGGCUUCUCGAAACUUUCCAAAGCCUUCUCCUGUGCCAAAUUCGAAUCAUGGUUGAGGGCUUGUCUGACUGGGAACCCAUUUGGAGCAACAGCCUGCCUCACAUCUGGAAGAAAGCUUGCAUGGGCGCAGCAAGUUGAAGGAACAACUAAACGAGCUAAAAUAGCUUGCAAUACUCACAUAGUCCCUUCAGUUCAUCGUGUGAUUGUGAUGAGCCAGGUUUACAAACAAACAUUAGCAAAGAGCUCUGUUACCCUAGAAGAUACUCAUGUGAAGAUUCAUCGGUGCUGUGAAUCUUUUAUCUAUUUACUAUCUCCACUGAGGUCUGUAACCAUAGAAAAAUGCAGGAAUAGUACCUUUGUCCUUGGUCCAGUGCAAACUGUAGUACAUCUCCAUAGUUGUGACAAUGUUAAACUUGUUGCUGUUUGCCAUCGCCUAUCUCUAUCAUCUACGACUGGUUGCACUUUACACGUUCUCACUCCAACCAGACCUCUUAUAUUAUUGGGUAACCAAGCAAUAACUUUUGCUCCCCUCCAUACCCAUUAUCCAAUGCUUGAGGAUCACAUGGGCAGAACAGGCCUAGCUACUGUGCCUAACAAUUGGGAUAAUCCAAUGAUAGUAUGUAAAGAAAACUGUGAUCGGGAGGUAUUCAGACUUCUCCCACCCUCAGAAUUUUACCCCUUUGUUGUUCCAUUUGAAAUGGAGGGAGACACAACAGAAAUACCUGGUGGUCUGCCACCUGUAUAUCAGAAAGCACUGAGCAAACGGGAACAGAGGAUACGAAUCUGGCAGAAAACGGUGAAGGAAGCAGAGUUGACCAAGAAUCAGAGGAAGACUUUCCAGAUGUUAGUGGAGAACAAAUUCUAUGAAUGGCUAGUCCACACAGGCAGCCGUCAACAGCUUGAUAGCUUGGUACUUCCUGCUGCAGGAUCUAAACAGGCAGCAGGAUAGGAGAACCCUUGAAGCAACCAAAUCAUCAGGUGAGUUCAAAGGUCACAUUUAUACUGCGCACAUAGAAACUUUGUAUUUUACUAUAAUAUGAACAAUUAUUUCUCUGUAGUUUAGGUCCAAAGUUGACUUAGGCUAUGGUGGUACAAGUGAGGAAUGUGCUUCUACAAAGUAUAGUUUAUAUUUGGCAUUAUAAGAUUUUACAAUCUAAUUUGUGAUUGUAGAUUUUAAAAAACUAUCAAUUAAAGAUUACAUUGAUUAGAAAUAUGUUAUUACCACAAGAUUUUUUAAAAUGCUGGCUUACUUUUUCUUAUAUCGAAUAAAAUGUGUGAUGUUAUUAUCAUCACAUUAAAUAUAACAUUUUUAUACUUUUUCUGUUAAAUAUGGACAUCUCAGAAUUAAAAUAAAUUGGUUCUCGAGUUUCUAAUCAACUCCUCAUUCUUUCAUAAAUGCUCCAGAAGCAUCGAUUUGCAAUGCCCUUUUGUUUUAGAAUGAGAGAAGAGUUGAAUGCAUCUUAAUAGUUGUUUUAUUAAUUGGUGCCUACCUCUAUCAUUUAUCUAUAGACAACUAUCAUUUUUCUGUCAAACUGUACAACUUAGCAAAAACUUACUUAAGCAAUUUCUGUUAUCUCAUCUAUUAUACUCUGUAUUUCUGGCUUACUGACUGUCCUAGUAUCAUUCUUUUAUCAUUGUGUUUAGCCUAUUGCAAUCUUGAUGACGAAGGAUUUUGUCUCUUUGCAGUGUUGACAUUCAAUUAUUGUUUAACUUAUAUAUAAAACUACUAUUAAGAAGUUGUCACCUGUCAUCUGUGACCACUAGACCUGAGGGCAAAGCCAGGUCUUGAGAGAUUUCUGGAACAUUAACAGGGAUGGAGCGAAACUCACUUCAAGGGGGAAAACGUUCCAUAAGGCAGGUGCCACAGCAGAGAAGACUUGCUGCCAAGUGUUGUUCCCUAAUAGAGAGGGCCUGCAUUAUGUCUUCUCUCCCAGAUCUGAUGGAAUGGGUAGAUGCAGUUGGGGAGAGGUAAAUUGCCAGAUAAAUUGCCCCAUGCCAAAACUCUGAACAAAUAUAGCCCAUGGAGCAGAGGUGUAACAUGUGCUGUUCUAGAACUGCCUGUGUUGUUGCUUUCUGCCCUAGCUAAAGUUUCCAGAUGUUCUUCAAGGGCCAUCUAGAAUAGAUUAUGGUAGUCCAGUUGGCAAAUGAUUAGAAAAUGAGUGAUUAUGAACAGAGUAAUCCAAUCCAGGGACGGAUACAACUGGCACACAACAUGAAGCUGUGCAAAGGCCCUGUUAGCAUGACUGCACAAGUCCAGGAGAACUCCCAGAUUAUGCACUGUUUGGGACAGCGCAACCUCAUGCAGCAGCACCAAAGAUGUCAUAGUGCUACAACCAGAAGUCCCCAAAAGCUAAACCCACUCAGUCUUUCCAGGGUCUGAAACAGCAUCCUACUAUUACUAUUGUUUGUUAGGUAUUUGUGAUUGAAACUAUCAAAUAAACUGCUACUACCAUGUGAUUGGAAUGUGAUGAGACUGCUGAUUCAUCAAUUUAACUAUCUAUUUGUUUUGUUAUAGUUCUGGAGAUGCACUGUGCCAAGUGAAAAGUAUUUCCCUCAUAAUAGACUGGGGCCAACCUGAAGUUUAGAAACAUGAAUUUGCUUAAUGGCAUUAUCAAGAAGGAAAUGGACGUUACUGCAUAUUUCACGUUGUAUGAUAUCAAUUGCUCUGGAUCUUUAUCGGAGGAUCUUGCUAUUAAUACUUCACUGUAUACUUGAGAGAAAAAUGUAAAUUCCUAGCAUAUUUAAAUGUGCAGGAAAAGGUGUUAUUUUCUUGAUGUAAAGAUAGUGGUACUGCUCUGAUUGCUGGGUAAUUUUUUUGUUAUUAAUUAAAUAUUGUUUAUAUUAAUGUUUCUAAAUAUAUUUUUAUAUCGGUUGUUUAACACUUAUGGGAUGAAAUGUAAUUAAAUUGACACAAUGAUA